AUGAGUUUCCGAGUGCUCGCACGCCACAUGAACGGUCCUGGAACAGUCCUGCCACUGGCCGACAACGGCUGCCCCAAGGGCUGGACUCGCCUGGACUGCCACUGCUACAUCCUCCAAGAAGACGCGAGGAGCUUCGCGGAUGCCGAGAGCGUCUGCAACAUUCUGGGUGGGAAUCUGGUGUCCAUCCACAGUGCCCUGGAAAAUUCUUUCGUUCACGAACUGAUCCUAGCCAUUGAAGACCCAGUUGAUGCAUGGAUUGGUCUCCAUGAUGCCAUUAAUCAAGACGGCGACUUCAUUUGGACCGACGGCACUUUGGAGGAUUUCAGAGCUUUUAAUGGCACAGAGCCCGAUACCAGUGGCGACUGCACCCAGAUGAAUGAAAGCGGUGAGUGA